CAACAACAACAACAACAAUUUUCACUCAGCAGAGACUUAUAACUACGUUUGUGUCACUCCUGGACUAUUGUCAGCAACAAUAAUUGUGAAAAUAUGGAUGAUAAGCUCAUUGAGAAGAAAAUUAUAUACCAGGGGAAGGGCAAUGCUGACUACACUGAUGGAACGAAGGUUAUAUUCCACAUCAGAACGGAAACCUGUGAAGAAGAGCCACAUGUUAUUGAUGACAGUCAUAAAUGGACCAAACCCGUGGAACUUCUCUUUGGAAAGAAAUUCAAGUUAGAAGUGUUGGAAGCAUGCAUUCGCACAAUGUUACCAGGAGAAGUGUCUUCAUUUAUAAUUGAUAAAUCAUUACUGGCACCAUAUCCAUUAGUAUCCAAGACCUUACGGGAAGCAUAUGGGAAGACCAAAGUUGAUAAAGAAAAGAAGCCUCAUCACUGUUGUGGGAUGGGAUUUAAAGAGGGACUUGGUUACCAAGAUUUGGAUGAACUAGUUAAGACACCUAAGGAUUUGAAAUUCACAAUUGAAUUAAUAAAGGUGGCAGGAGCAGGAUCAUAUGAAAAGGAGUUUUGGGCGAUGACUGAGAGUGAGCGGCUGGAGAGCAUCCCAGUUCUCAAGGAGCAAGGCAAUGUUUUCUAUAAGGAGGGGAACCAUGAAGUUGCCGGUAAAGCAUAUUCCGAGGCUCUUGGCAGACUUGAACAACUCAUGUUAAGAGAGAAACCUGGUGAUGAAGAAUGGCUGAAGCUUAAUGAGAUGAAGAUGCCUCUACUUCUGAACUACUCACAGUGUCAGCUCCUACAAGGAGAAUACUACUCAGUUAUAGAACACUGUACCACUGUCUUAGAAAAAGAUCCAGAUAAUGUGAAAGCGCUGUAUCGGCGUGGGCGAGCUUAUGUCGAGGUCUUCAGUCCAGCCGAAGCUCAGAAAGACUUGGAGAAGGCUGCCAAGCUGGAUGCCAGUGUAACACCUGGUUGUCGGAAGUUACUUUCUCGAUUAGCAAAAAUGGAAUCAGAGAAAACUUUGCAUGACAAAAAUGUUUAUAGUAAACUGUUCAGUUCCUCAUAAUUUUAAUUUAUAGAAUAGAUAGGGGAGAAAUGGUGCAAAUGUGUGGAAUAGGUGGUAUGUUUUUGAAAGCAGCAGAGAAUUUCUAGGAGGAUAGCAAGGCUCAGGUUAAUGUAUGUAGAAAAGAAGGGAUCCAUUUUCUAGUGAAAGCUGGCCUUAGGCAGGGAUGAAUGAUGUCACCUUGACUGUUAAUCAUAUUUAUAGAUGGCAUUGUAAAAGAAGUGAAUGCUAGGGUGUUGGAAGUUGUGUGGGACUAAAAGAUAAUGAGUCUGAUACAAAGUGAGAGUUAUCACAGUUGCUCCUUGCUGAUGACAGUUAUCUUGAGAGUCUGAAGAGAAAUUGUGAAGGUUGAUGAAUGAGUCUGGGAGGGUACAUAAAAGAAGGAAAUUAAAAGUGAACUUGGGAAAGAUCAAAAUGACAAGAAUAAAAUAUGUUUGGGUAAUGAAAAACCGAAUACUAUUAGAUUGCAAGGAGGGAGUAUGGAGUGUAUUUACCAUUGAGUCCUGGAGGUGGUAAGUACAAUGCCUACACUUUAAAGGAGGGGUUUGGGGUAUUGGCUGUUUGGAGGGACAUCUAAACUGUUGUAUCUGAGUACCUCUACAAAGACAGUGAUUGUGUGUGAAUGAUGGUGAAAGUGUGUCUCUUUUGCGUCACCUGCCUCGGUGGAGAUAGCCGAUGUGUUGAAAAAAAAAUUUGUGAGUGAAAACCGAAGUGAACCAUUAAAUAAAUGAAGAAAAACAAGAUAUAUUGAGUAUUGAGACAUAUAUGGAGAGAAAGAAGUUUAGGGAGAUAAAAAAAAAUAAAGAAAAGGAAUGUACUGGAGCAUAGUAAUAUCAGUUCAUUUAUAUGGGUGUGAGGCAUGGAUUUUGAGCACUUUGGUGAGAAGUAGGUUGGAAGCAGCAGAGAUAUCAUCUCUGAGAGUAAUAUGUGGUGCAAAUAUUUUGUAGAGAAUUUAGAGCUUAGAAAUCAGAAGACAGUGUGGGGUUAUAACAUUUACAGUGGGAUUCAAGGAAACUAGUCAGCCUUACUUGUGGCAUGGAGGUGGGACAUACAGUGCCUGUACUCUGGCGAAGGGGUGAGGAUGUUCCAGUUCGAAGGAUCAUUUGAAUUGUGAUAUCUGUGCAAUCUGGCAAGACUACUAUUGAAUGAAUGGUGGUGAAUGUUACCUUUUUAUAGGUCAUUCUACCCUGGAGACAGCCAUUGUGUAAAAAAAAAAAAGAAAUAUGUAAAUCUACAUGGAAGAUAUGCUGAGCUACAUAUCACACUUGCAAACAAACAAGAACAGAUUAAGUCUAAAUUGGUUCUCAUUUAUAUUGUUAAGCCUCACAGCCUUUAUCUGUAAAAUUGUACAUCAUUUCCAGUAUUCUUAGCAUCUCUUUUAGUAUUCUUAGCAUCUCUUCCAGUAUUCUUAGCAUCUCUUCCAGUAUUCUUUGCACUGUUGCUUGAGAAUGUGACUGAAAGAUCACAAAAGCUCUUAGAAUUUAUUUCCCUUUCAAAGUAGUUUAAUUGCAGUCAAUAUUUUUGUUACUUUUUUUAAUGUACAGGUUCUUCGUAUCUAGCUCACAUUGUAGAGAUUUUUAUAAACAUAUACUAACAUAUUCAUACAUAUUUUCAUCAUUUUCAUAGUACAAUCAGUAAAUAUCCCAAAACACUUUAUGUAAUGAUGUGUCUUACAAGUGAGCUUGAAGCUCUUAUAAAAAAAAAACUUUAAAUUAUUUUUGAUGCCUUGAAAUUUAAAAAUUGAACUUCAGUAUGGCACAACUAUUAAAAAGAGAUAUUAUAAUGCAGUGUCCCUUCUUUCUUAUGUUCUUAUAAUAGUUUCAAUACUUUUCGGUGCAGCAGUGAAUGACCUCGUAUGGGUUUAGCAUUUUAUUGUGAUGAUAAUUCCAAGUCAGUGUAAAAAGAAGAUAAACUUUAUAUUUUUCUUCUUUUUUGGGGUCACCUGCCUCGGUAGGAGACAGCCAGUGUGUUAAAAAUUAUAGGGCAAAGUAUGUGGAGAGAAAUAGAAAAAAGAGAGAGGUUGAGUAGGUGGCAAGGGAAUGCAAAAGUAGAGUUGAUUAGAGGAUGGUUAAGUCUAUAAGUUUUCCUAAAACACUUUUGGAGAGAGAGAGAGAUUAAUGAGUUGAGAAAGCCUGGGAAAGCAAAUGGACUAAUCACCUGGAGUUACCAUACUUAAAAGAUGGACAGAAUAUUUUGAGGAGUGUUGAAAUGUUGAUACUGUAAGGGAAGCAGUGUUUUCAUGCAUUGGGCAAGAGUAAGGAAGAGCCAGAGGUGAAUGUAAGGAAAGUGCAUGGGGAUAUAGGUAGAAUGAACAUGAGUAGAGCAGCUGGGACAGAUGGGAUUAACCCUUUCAGGGUUUCUGACGUACUAGUACGUCUUACGCACCAGGGUUGACGUACUAGUACGCGUAAAUUCUAGCACCUUCAAAUCUAGUGAGAGAAAGCUGGUAGGCCUACAUAUGAAAGAAUGGGUCUAUGUGGUCAGUGUGUACAGUAUAAAAAAAAAUCCUGCAGCACACAGUGCAUAAUGAGAAAAAAAAACUUUCACUAUGUUUUUGGUUUAAAACAGCGACUUUGCACUGUAUUUUUGUAUGGUAUUUAUGGUUAUAUUCUAGUUUUCCUGGUCUCAUUUUAUAGAAUGGAAGACAUAUUACAAAAAUUGAGAUGAUUUGGUUUCACAAUGAAAAGUACCUUGAAAUUGAGCUCAAAGUAGCAGAAAUGUUCGAUUUUUGCCAAAAUUCAAAAGUAAACAAAUCAUGCCACGUGUCCAAUACACGUCAACUGGUGAAUCUAAUAUUCUUUCACAAGUGUGCUGAUAUUAUUUAUACCAUCUUUAUGCUAAUGCAGUAGUCUGCAUAACAGUAAAUCUUCUAUUUUUUGUGAGAAUAAAAAUUCAAAGUGGAAAGCAAAAGAAAUGUAAGAGGGGCCUGGGGACGUGACUAAUGAACAGAGGAAAUGUUAUUUUAGUGCCAGGAAUGUCUGCCUUGUUUAUUCUGGACCCUAUUUGGAAAUUGGCAUCUUUUGAAAUUUGUGUGAAAUUGGCAAAAUUGCCAAUUUCUGACCACUUUAUGUAUUGGAUAGUUGAAAUUGGUAAAUGGGUGGUUUCUUGUACUCAUUUGAUAGAAAAAUGGAGCUCUAGCAAAAUAGUUAUGAUUUUUGUUGACUAGUACACUAGAAUUGGCUGAAAAUAGGGCUCAAAGUGGGCGAAAUUGCCGAUGCGUAAACAUUGUCGAGACUGCCUAACUUCGCGAGAGCAUAAUUCCGCAAGUUUCUAUCAAAUUUCAUACUUUUGGUGUCAUUAUGAUCGGGAAAAGAUUCUCUAUCAUUUCAUAAGGAAAAAUAAUUUUUUUUUCUAAAAAAAAUUUCGACCCUGAGAACAAGUUUAGGAGAGGGCCUUUUGACCCUGAAAGGAUUAAAAGACUGAGAUGGUAAAAGCAGGUGGGAAUAUAGUUUUGGAGUGAUUUGUGUAUUUGUUCAAUACAUGCAUGAAAUGGUAGGAGAUACCUAAGGAUUGGCAUAGAGCAUUCAUAGUUCCUUUGUAUAAGGAGAAAGAGAGCAAGAGAAUGUAUAAAAAUUAUAGGGGGAAUAAGUUUUUUGAGUAUACUGGGUAAAGUGGAGUGUAAUUAUUAUCAAAAAGAUGAAAAAGGAGGAUUUAGAAAGGGAAGGGUAUGCCUAGAUCAAGUGUUUUCAUUUAGGCAUAUAAAUAAAUAAUCCUUAAAUGUAAAGAAGUUUUUUUUUUUUUUUUUUUUUUUUUAUCACACCGGCCGAUUCCCACCAAGGCAGGGUGGCCCGAAAAAGAAAAACUUUCACCAUCAUUCACUCCAUCACUGUCUUGCCAGAAGGGUGCUUUACACUACAGUUUUUAAACUGCAACAUUAACACCCCUCCUUCAGAGUGCAGGCACUGUACUUCCCAUCUCCAGGACUCAAGUCCGGCCUGCCGGUUUCCCUGAAUCCCUUCAUAAAUGUUACUUUGCUCACACUCCAACAGCACGUCAAGUAUUAAAAACCCUUUGUCUCCAUUCACUCCUAUCAAACACGCUCACGCAUGCCUGCUGGAAGUCCAAGCCCCUCGCACA